AUGAACGAAGAGUUUAUCAAUGAGCUAAAAACAAUGAUGAAUGACGUGAAGGAGAUUAUGUCCACAGUUAAGAGUACGGAUGCAAAGGUAGCGGACUUCACCGAGAGAAUGUCUAAGGUAGAAAAUGAUAAUAAAGAAAUUAAGAAAAAUUACGAAAAGCUACAGGAUCAGUUGAAUGAUCUUAAUCAGUAUAGUCGGAUAGAGAAUAUCAUAAUCAACGGCAUCCCUCAGAACGAAGACGAAAAUAUACGUGCAUUGGUCAUGUUAGUGGCUGAAAAAUUAAACGUUACUCUAUACGAAUACGACAUAUCAACUGCUCAUCGUUUGCCAUGUAAACCGGAUAAAACACCUGCUAUUAUCGCUCGCCUCAACAAUCGAGAUAAGAAAUCGGAGAUGAUUACAAAUUCACGUAUUUUAAGAAUUAACUGUAAAGACUUGAAUCUCGCAUCACCAGCUCCUAUUUUCGUGAACGAGCAUCUUACUUCAAGAAACAUGGCGAUUCAUCGACAAGCUCUACAUCUUAAGAAAUUAAAAAUCAUAACAAGAGUCCACGUGAAGGAAGGAAAAGUCUUGAUACAAGAAGAGGAUAAUGGAAUUUUCACGAGGAUAUCUCACCUUUCUCAGCUGAGCUUACUCGAACCUGAUAAGGAGGAGAAUGUUCAAUUAAAAUCAUCGUCUAGUGAAAAUGAUCAAGUGAAGCAGCGUUUACGAUCAAACUCCAAGCCAACACUGACACUAUCACAACUAAGUGGAAGACAUAAUAGAGGAGGAUCGAGGAGUAAAUCCAAAUCACGUACAGGCAGAUAG